AUGGGCUUCAUUUCAGCUGAUCAGGCCUUAGCUGUGGCGGGCGGGGUCUUCACCGCGUCCGCAGGGUCUCCCGUCAUGGUGCAUCGGCUUCUCUCCACUGAGCACUCGGGCUCAGAUAACGCUGCGCAGACGGAGCGCGCCGCUGGGUCAGCGCAGUGUGACCAGCCCCGCCUCCACAGGGCAGGGCCUGGGCGCUUUGCCGGGGACAGUCCCGCUGAGCCCCGCUGGGGCUGCUGCCCGCCAGGCCGCCAGUGGGCUCGAGCAAAGGGCACAUUCCUGGCUGCGGCCCCCUCCCUCACCAUCUGGUGGAAAGCCCCGGCCGGCCCUGGGACGCUGGUGCGGCAGGAAGGGCGGUGGUCCAGGGAGAGGGCGGCGCUGUGA